GUGAAUCCCUCAAUAAAUAUUUUAUUUUUUUUAUAAAUUGUACAUACAAUAAAUAUUUAAUCGUUCAUCGUUACUGAAAUAUUUCAAACAAACAUUGCUAUGUUGCCAAAAAACCGUGCUGUUUUAUCAAGAUUUAAAAAUAGGAGUAAAUACUAUUAUAAAUAUCUUUCAUCUCAAUCAAGUGUAGGUGAAAUCGAUGUUCCUUUUUCAAAUGGAAUAUCUCUUAAGCUAUCUACUGGAAAAUAUGCUCGGUUUGCGGACGGAGCUUGUGUGGCCACACUCGGUAACACCAGUGUACUCUCCACAGUUGUAUCAAAAGCUAAGCAAAGUUCGAGUUCUUUCCUCCCCCUGGUCGUAGAUUAUAGGCAGAAGGCAGCAGCUGCUGGCAGAAUACCAACAAACUUUCUAAGAAAAGAAUUAGGACCGACGGAACGUGAAAUCUUAACAUCAAGACUAAUAGAUAGAUCACUGCGACCAUUAUUUCCACAAAAUUAUUUCUUUGAUACACAAAUAGUGUGCAACAUGCUAGCUGUCGAUGGAACCAAUCUGCCUGAAACUGUUGCUAUAAACGCAGCUAGUGCUGCAUUAGCUCUGUCAGAUGUUCCAUGGAAUGGUCCCGUCGGGGCUGUGAGACUCGGUCAAAUAGAAAAUGAGCUUAUUGUGAACCCAACUCGAAGAGACCUGGAAAAGUCUUCAUUAAAUCUAGUGGUUGCAGCAACAACCGGCAAUCUAGUGGUGAUGUUGGAAGGUCACGCUAAUAUUAUCCUGCAACAAGACCUGCUCAAGGCCAUCAAACUAGGUACCAAAGAAGCGCAGGCCAUUGUAAGAAGUAUAGAGAAGUUACAGAAAACUUAUGGUAAAGUGAAAAGGGAAUACGAAACUCAACCACCAUUAGACCAGAGUAUUGUUGAAUCUGUUAAAACAUUGUCUUCUAUGAAGAUUAGAGAAAUAUUAAGUGACUUCAGUCAUGAUAAGACAUCACGUGACAAUGCGGUAUCAGAGCUCCGACAGACGGUGCUCAACCAGCUAAGGGAUACGGAAGUGGACGUGACUUUGCUCCAGGAAUGUUUCAACUCGAACCUAAAGCAGAUUUUCAGGGACAUGAUAUUUGAAACCGACGUCCGGUGUGAUGGACGAGGAUUGGACGAUCUUAGGAAUAUCACGUGUGAGGUGGGCCUGUACGAGCCGCUGCACGGCAGCGCAGUCUUCCAGCGCGGACAGACUCAGGUCCUGUGUACGGUGGCCUUCGACUCGCCCGAGAGCGCUCUCAAAAUGGAUACACUUACUAUGAUCACAAGUGGGCUCAAGGAAAAGAACUUCUUCCUUCACUACGAGUUCCCGUCGUACGCGACGGGCGAGGUGGGGCGCACGGGGGGGCCGGGGCGGCGGGAGGCGGGGCACGGCGCGCUGGCCGAGCGGGGGCUGCUGCCCGUCGUGCCCCAGCAGAACUGCACCGUCAGGCUCACCGCCGAGGUGCUGGAGAGCAAUGGCUCGAGCUCCAUGGCGUCGGUGUGCGCGGGCGCGCUGGCGCUGCUGGACGCGGGCGUGGCGCUGGCGGCGCCGGCGGCCGGCGUGGCCGUGGGGCUCGUGUCGCGCGCCCAGGGCGGCGCCCUGCACGACUACCGCAUACUCACCGAUCUGCUGGGUAUAGAAGACUAUAUGGGCGACAUGGACUUUAAAGUAGCGGGUACAAAGAAAGGCAUCACCGCAUUACAAGCUGACGUCAAACUGCCGGGACUUCCCCUUAAAAUAGUCAUGGAAUCCGUCCAAAAGGCGUGCGACGCUAAGAGCAAGGUCAUUGAUAUUAUGAAUCAGUGUAUCGACAAGCCGAGGCAAGACCGCAAAGACACUCUGCCGGUGAUGGAGGAGAUGGAGGUCGAAGUCCACAAGCGAGCCAAGCUGCUCGGCGUCGGCGGCAGCAAUCUGAAGAAGCUGUACCUGGAGACCGGAGUGCAGGUCACGGCCAUCGACGACACGCGCUACAGCGUGUUCGCGCCGUCGCCCGCCGCGCUGGACGAGGCGCGCGCCCGUCUGCAGCGCGCGCUCGCCGCCGACCGCGCGCCCGACCUCGAGUUCGGCGCCGUCUACAGCGCCAAGGUGGUCGAGGUGCGCGACAUCGGCGUGCUGGUGACGCUGUACUCGGGGAUGUCCCCGGCGCUCGUUCACAACACGCAACUUGAUCACAGAAAGAUAAUGCACCCCUCGGUGUUAGGUCUAGACGUAGGAUCGGAGAUUCAAGUGAAGUACUUCGGUCGGGACCCGGUGUCGGGUCAGCUGCGUCUCUCGCGAAAAGUCCUCUCGUCUCCUCCGCCGGGAAUCGUCAGGAAACUAGACAAGAGCUAAAAACUGAUAUAGUAAAAUAUGAGAGACUGAAAAUAAUUUACGAUUAUCAAGUGUUAGAGUUAUUAAGUUAGAGGAUUAGUGUCACGCUUUGAUUUUAAUAUUGUCUGAUGGAUGUCAGUGUGAUAUUAUACCGAACUCGAGAGGAUUCGAGUUUCUUUGAAAAUAUAACCUUAUUAAUAAGGUUAAUUGUAAAUUGCCAUUGAUAUAUUGUCUUUAGAGUGUGUAUGUAAAUUGAAUAUUUACUGUAAAUGCGUAAAUUUUGGUUACAAUUUAUUGUAAGCAUAUUUAAAUUUUAAUAAAGUUUAAAUAGUUAAA